CUGCCUCUCGUUCCCAACCCGCCAGCGUCCUUUGCACCUCUCGCCGACUGUUCCCUCCGCCGGUCCUUUUAUCCAGCCGCCCGCACGACGCCAGCGGCGAUAAGGAAGCAGGCCGCAGCGAGAAGUCGAGACCGCCAUUGGGAUAAUUGCAAAAAAGCGAAUGACGAGACGGCUAUGACAACACAACUGCAGAGGAGCUUCUUAUCCAUCUCCUCUGCUUCCUCUUCUUUCUUGCCUUCGUCCUCUUCUCCCUUGCUAGCUUUGCGGUUUAAUUCCCUGAUGUCCAAGUGCGGGAUGCUGCAGAAUGUUUCUGGGUUCGGGUUAUUGUCUACUUCCCACUUUGUGAAUCGUCAGAGGUGCAGGAACUUCACGCAACUUAGACUUAGAGCGCCCAGAUUGUCGUCGGGCACGGUGGCUGAUGUAUGUAUCUCCGGGUAUCCUCGACUUGUUACUCCCAGGACCACCUCAUGUUGCUGGGCUUUGAAUCGAGAGGUUGGAUUGACUGCACAUGGUUAUGGAGCUAUCUUGACGAGGCAUUUCUCUCAAUCACCGGAAGCGGCUGAAAAGAAUUUCACUAAGGGUAAACGUUCGAAGGGUUCAAAGGCUUGGGCUGCAAAGAGGAAGAACAGUUCUGCUAACACUAGCGUCUCAGCCUCCGAUGAUGUUGAGGCCUUGAACUCCAGCGAUCAUACGAAUGGGAGCGUGCCUCUUGAAUCAUCUGUUUCAUCUCCUUCUGCUACUGAGGCCCCCGAAGUCAAUGGAAAACCGAAGGCAAGAAGCAAGAAAGGAAAAAAGAAACUUUCUGCUGUUGCUGCUGAUUCUGCCAAAACUAGUUCAGAAGAGUCAGCAGUAUUUAAACUGACAUCUCCAGUCUUGCAGAAGAAGUCAACUGAAAAGGCAUCCGAAAAACUGCUGGAUGUUUCAGCUUCUACAAAACAGAAGGUCAAGAAGAAAAGUACUAACUCUCGGAGGAAGGGCAAAUCGGCAACUGUUGGUGAUGAGUCAGUUGAGAAGCAAAAACCUCAGCAGAUGAGCAACUUGAAGCCUCCUAAACAAGGGACCUUGAAACAGUUGUAUCCUCCUACUGGGAAAUCUGUUGUAGUGGUUGAAUCUGUUACAAAGGCAAAGGUCAUUCAAGGGUAUCUUGGCAGUAUGUAUGAAGUACUGCCUAGUUAUGGCCAUGUCCGGGACUUAGCUGCAAGGUCAGGAUCCGUUCGCCCUGACGAGGACUUUAGCAUGGUGUGGGAGGUUCCUUCUGCUGCCUGGACUUACCUUAAGAGCAUUAAAGUCGCUCUAAGUGGAGCAGAAAAUCUUAUUCUUGCGUCAGACCCUGAUCGUGAAGGAGAGGCUAUUGCUUGGCAUAUUACUGAGAUGCUGCUGCAACAGGAUGCCCUACAUGAGGGUAUCAAUGUUGCAAGGGUUGUCUUUCAUGAAAUAACAGAAAGCUCAAUUAAAAGUGCUUUGCAAGCCCCAAGACAUGUUGAUGUAAACUUAGUACAUGCUUACUUGGCAAGACGUGCUCUUGAUUAUCUGAUUGGAUUCAACAUUUCACCAUUAUUAUGGAGGAAAUUACCAGGGUGUCAAUCAGCAGGGCGUGUGCAAUCAGCUGCCCUUGCUCUUAUUUCUGACAGGGAAGCUGAAAUUGAUGAGUUUAAGCCACAAGAAUAUUGGAGCAUCGAGGCUAAAUUGAAUAAAGAAGUACAAGGUUCUGCACUCAGUGCACGCUUGACCUGUUUUGAUUCGAAAAAGCUGAAUCAGUUCUCGUUUAGUUCUGGUAAGGAGGUAGAGGACGUUGAACAGAAGAUUAAAGCUACACAAUUUGAAGUAGUUGGCUGCAAAAAAGGGCAAAUGCGAAGAAACCCUCCCACUCCAUACAUCACAUCAACGCUUCAGCAAGAUGCUGCAAACAAAUUACAGUUUAACACAUCAUACACUAUGAAGCUUGCACAAAAACUUUAUGAAGGGAUUGAGUUGUCAGAGGGGAAGGCAAAGGGGUUGAUUACGUAUACCAGAACUGAUGGUCUUCAUAUUUCAGAUGAAGCUCUCAAGGAUAUACGCUCUCUGAUCACUGAAAGGUAUGGCCCAGAUUUUGCAUCAGCAAGUGCACGCAAGUAUUUUAAGAAGGUGAAGAAUGCACAAGAGGCCCAUGAAGCAAUCAGACCAACCGACAUUAAGAUGUUCCCAUCAAUGCUUGCCGGUGUUCUUGACGAGGAUGCGUUGAAGUUAUACACUCUUAUCUGGUCUCGCAGUGUGGCAUGCCAAAUGGAGCCAGCUAUAGUCGAACAGUUGCAAGUGGACAUUGGAAAUGUUAGCAAGUCAAUCAUAUUUAGAUCUUCGUGUUCAAGAGUUGCAUUUCGUGGCUACCAAGCAGUUUAUCAGGAUGUCGAAACUAGAGUUCUAAGAGGCAAAGAAGAUGAGGAGGACCCUCAUCAAGAAGCUUCUGGAGACCUUAAUUCUUUGAAGGCAGGGGAUGCCUUGUCUAUUGCUGCAGUUGAAUCCAAGCAGCACUUUACUCAGCCUCCACCGCGCUAUUCUGAAGCAUCAUUGAUUAAGAAGCUCGAGGAACUUGGGAUUGGAAGACCUUCAACUUAUGCCAGCACAUUGAAAGUUUUACAGGACAGGAAAUAUGUGGUGACGAAAAGCCGUGUGAUGUACCCAGAAUUUCGUGGUCGAAUGGUCUCAGCAUUUCUCUCAAACUAUUUUACGGAGGUCACAGAUUACAGCUUUACUGCUGAUAUGGAGACUGAGCUUGAUAAUGUUUCUGCUGGACUUACUGAAUGGAAAGGUCUUCUUAGAGAUUAUUGGACAAGAUUUAGCUCAUACUGCAGCAGUACCGAAACUGUCCACAUUCAUCAGGUGGAGAAAAUGUUAGAAAAAAAGUUUGGCGACCAUUUGUUUGGCUCACUCCGUUCCGAAAGCAGGACUUGCCCGAGUUGUAUGGAGGGCACUUUGAUUUUCAAAGUGAGUAGGUAUGGUGCAGGUUACUUCAUCGGCUGUGAUCAGCAUCCAAAGUGCAAGUACAUUGCGAAGACAUUGCUUGGAGACGAAGAAGAUGAAGAACCUCCCCAAAAUGCUGGUACGGUGGAGGAGCCAAAAGUAUUAGGUCUUCAUCCAAUUUCCAAGGAAAAGAUUUUAUUGAAGAAAGGUCCUUAUGGAUUCUACAUUCAGCUUGGGGAAGAUAAGAAGGACUAUAUCCCUAAAAGAACAUCCGUAUCCCAUGUAAAUAUAAAGGAGGUGGAUGCCAUUACACUGGAGGAGGCUCUAAAAUUGUUGCGCUACCCAUUGACAUUGGGAGACCACCCAAAGGAUGGACAUCCUAUAAUAUUAAAGCUUGCAAAGAAUGGGUUUAAUAUUAGACAUCGACGCACAAUUGCCUCCGUCCCCAAGAACGUGGAUCCAGACGAGUUAACCGUGGAGAAAGCGUUGGAGUAUUUGUCAAGUAACGAUGUUAGAAGAAGCGGGCGACCCAAGAGGCAACCCAAGGUCGAAGAACCUGCAGCAGUGGAAGCAACAUAGACGGGAAGCCAGGUCGGUCUGUGCAAAGCUGCUUUUCGCUGAAACAGCCCUAUUGCAAAUGCGGAGUUCAGUAGCACACAAUCCCAGGAACUCGACGAAGGACGACCGCUCGAGUAGUUUUCACUCCCGGGACCCUCGUUUGGCACACCUAUAUAUUGCGGAACCGGGAAGAGAUUCUUUUUUGUGAUGAAUGGGAGUAUGCAAAGUUUUGGUUGAAGAAACUUGGACUAGUGUAUUUUUGUAGUGAUUUCUUAUUUUCCCGAAUAAAUUUCAUGACAGGUAGUAGCUGAGAAAGGAAGUCUUGUAUAGACAUAAGUUGAGAGUUCACUUACAUUUCUAUAGAAACUAGAUAAUUGGAUUAUUGGAGGUUUUUGGUGCUGAGGUUUUGGUGCUCAGAUCUCUGCGUCAAUUGUGUGUCAUUUGAUUAAAUACAGUCUUUCUUUCUGUGGGGG